AUGGCAAAUCCAAUGCGAACAUUUGCGUCGGAUAAUUAUGCAGGAGUUUUACCCGAAAUUAUGUCUGCAUUAACAGAAGAAGCUCAAUCGGGUCGUCAUGCACGUGCCUAUGGUCAUGAUAAUGUUACGAACGAAGCGCGUCUUUUAAUUCAUGAAAUAUUUAAUUCGUCGCCCGAUGAUCCAUUACCAGGUGUUCAUUUUGUAUUUAAUGGUACUGGUGCUAAUAUACUUUCCAUAAUGGCUUGUACGCAUUCUUAUCAUGCUGUUAUUUGUUCGGAUAUUUCACACAUAAUUUGUGAUGAAUCAUCGUCACCAGAAACAGUAACUGGAGUACGUUUAAUAUCAAUACCAACCGAUGAAAAUGGAAAAAUCAAUGUCGAUAUUAUUGAAGAAAAACUAGAUCGUAUCGGUGAUAUGCAUGCGGCUCAGCCAAAGAUGAUAACAAUUGCACAACCAACAGAAUAUGGAACUGUUUAUACGAUUGAUGAACUUAAACAAAUAUCAAAUUUAGCUAAAAAGCAUAAUUUAUAUUUUCACGUUGAUGGUGCACGAUUAUUUAACGCUGCAUCAUCAUUAAAUUGUACUCUUCGUGAUAUAACAACAGCGGUUGGUGUUGAUAUUCUUUCAUUAGGUGGUACAAAAGCUGGUUUAAUGUACGGAGAAGCUGUUAUUAUUUUCAAUCAAUCGCUACUCAAAAGUGAUGAUGGUCAAGAUAAUUCAUUGAAAUACCGUCAUAAACAAGUGAUGCAAUUAGCAUCGAAACAACGUUUUAUAGCAAUUCAAUUUUUAAUUUUGCUAAAAAAUGAUUUUUGGAAGAAAUCAAGUGAACAUUCCAAUGGUAUGGCACAAUUAUUAAAAAAGCGUCUUGAAUCACUUCCGAAAAAGAAUGAUAAACCAUUAAUACGUAUAACAAGGCCAGUUGAAACCAAUGCUAUCUUUCUAGAAAUACCAAGAGAUUGGUAUAAACCAUUAUCAGAAUUAUUUCCAUUUUAUAUGUGGAGAACGAAAACUUCUGAAGUUAGAUUAAUGUGUUCAUUUGAUACAACAGAAAAUGAUAUUGAUCGAUUUAUUAACAAAAUGAAUGAACUUAUUCAAAACUGA